CGUGUCAUUAUCAGAGACGAUCCUCUCUCGGUGUCUGUAUACAUCGCAGACUACAUAAUCAGCCGAAUCCAGUCGUUCAAGCCGACUCCCGAGCAGCCAUUUGUGCUUGGUCUGCCCACUGGUAGCAGCCCCGAGCUCAUCUACAAGAUCCUCGUGCAGCGUCAUCGCGCCGGCGAGAUCUCUUUCAAGAAUGUCGUGACUUUCAACAUGGACGAAUACGUGGGUUUGCCUCGCGAUCACCCCGAGUCGUACCACAGCUUCAUGUAUAAGCACUUCUUCUCCCACGUGGACAUCCCGCCGCAGAACAUCAAUAUCCUAGAUGGUACCGCUCCCGACCCCACAGCCGAGUGCGCAUCAUUCGAAGCGCGCAUCGCCCGCUACGGCGGAAUUGAGCUAUUCCUAGGUGGCGUGGGACCAGACGGCCAUAUCGCCUUCAAUGAGCCGGGCUCGUCGCUGAGCAGCCGCACGCGCGUCAAGACAUUGGCCUACGACACCAUUCUGGCGAACUCCCGCUUCUUCGAUGGCGAUACGGACAAGGUGCCCCGCAUGGCGAUGACCGUCGGUAUCCAGACUAUCUUGGAUUCCCGGGAAGUCGUGAUUGUGGCCACCGGAGCGCACAAGGCGAUUGCCGUGCAGAAGGGUCUCGAGGAUGGCGUGAAUCACAUGUGGACUCUCUCCGCUCUGCAGCUGCACCAGCACCCACUCGUGGUCUGCGAUCGUGAUGCUACUCUCGAGCUCAAGGUCAAGACCGUGCGAUACUUCGAAUCGAUCGAGCAGGCCGGCACCGAUGCCCGUACCCAAGGCCCCGCUCUCGUUUACCGUCCUCGGACCUACGUUCCGGCCCCACUCCCGGCAAAGAAUACCAAGUCGCAACAGCCUACUCCCGAUGGCACUCCUACGAAGGUGCCUAAGGAUUUGCGCAUCAACACUGAGCUGAAGCGCGCGAUGGAUGAAGAGGAGCUUACUCCCGACAGCAUGUCUUCGCGCCUCGUCGAUUCAGCCAUCGGUGGUCUUGACGGUGCUCUGAAGAGCGACUUGAUCUUUGACCGUAUGGGAACCAGAAUCACUACACUCUGA